AUGUCUGAAUCCCCCUCUUACUGCUCUAAAGCAUGUCAGAAAGCCCAUUGGCGCGACCACAAGAAAGCCUGCAGAUCUGAGUUGAUGGGUAAUGAAUAUACGCCCGGCUGGGUUCGAGAAGGCCGCCUGCCUUCUUUCAUCUCCGACCGUGAUCUCUCGAAUGACUUCGGCGUGAACCAGUACCUCUGGGGAAACAUGCCGGCCCUGGACGUCCUCAGCAUGGAAAACAAUGAGGGCCUCGAUGAUAUUCACCGGGAUAUUUCUCUGCUUUUCGCUGCUUCAGGGGACCUCAGAAAUGUUGUCCGGUCCGUCGUGGGACUACCGGAGGGUUAUGAUGGUCGCUGCACUGUUGUUGUUAACGAUGUUAACUUCACCAUUGUAGCACGCAACGUGACCCUCCUCCUGGUAACAUUAGUCCUUAAACCAGAGGAUGCCGUUCCGAUAUUGAUCCACCUAUGGUACUCUGCGUUGAUUCCAGAGAGCAUGCUCGCUAUCCUCGAAGAAUUUGUUCUGCCACGUAUGAACGAAGUAUGUGAAAAGAUAAGAGAUAGAGACCCGUCAUCGUUUCAAAAAAAGACGUUCAUGUUCGGAAACAAGUCGUUGCGUCUAUGUUGGAAUGGGAGCAAUGCAGAAGACGCACAACGAGUUCGAAAAGCAGUCAUGUUGGCGCCUGAGAGAGUCGACUAUUUGCAUCGUGCGUUGAACAACCAGCGCCCAAAUAUGCGAAUGGCGAUGCUCAAAUUUCGAGAAGAUGGCAUUCUGUUGCCUUACGGGUGUUCCCGGAGGGGAUUUGAUACGCCGAACCCGACCUUCUUCCAAGACGAUAAAGUUUGGCCGAUGAAAGACGAUGCAGAUCCGCACGGCGGGUGGGCCUAUUCGGAGUACAUGAGACAUGCUCCGGCAGCCAAGAAUGACGUGAACGGAGGCCUAUUCUUCUAUGUGCAGCGGUUAUUGCUGCAGUUCUGCCGCAAGAUACGGAGCAUUCAAAUCGACUUUCAAAUUUUCAGUGUCGAUGCUCGAAACUUGUGCGACUACUUGGACCAGCCAAGAGAAGAAAAGCUUCGAUUCGAUCGUAUUGAGCUUUCCAACAUCUGCGAUCGCGGUUAUGUUGGUCCAGAGCAUACUUUGCAGUCAAUUGGGCAGCUCUUAAAGUCUAAAGAAGAGAACCCGAAAGCCACGUUGUUGAUGCUCUUCCUCAAUGCCGUUAGCGAAACGUACUAUCUCGACGCCAAUGGUGAAGAGAAACGUGCCAAAGAGUCGAUGGAGCUGAUGCAGAAGUUCAUCCCGAUGACCCCAAUGACGAUGAUGGCCUUGAUGGGAGGUGAACAGGCCAUGGUGUCCAAUCCAGAAUGGAUUCGCGUUUCAUCGUGCUAUACGAUGUUUGGAGACUUCGACAAGGCAUUUAAAACCUCCUUGAAGGAUGUUAGGAUGGACCGAGUCGCCAAGGCGUUCGGUAUGGUGGCAAAGAAAAAGCAUACCAUUGUCGACCCAUGGCCACUGCGGAUAACAGAGAAGAACACACAGGAGGACUUUGACUUACUAUGUGGGUCAAACCAUACAGGUGCCGAGCGGUACAUGGAGAUUGAGAGGAUUGAGCAGUCUGCCUGA